GGAUCUCUCUCCCUUUUACCGCCAUCGGAGCGGAGUCUCUUUCUUCCCCGGGACCGCGACACUGCGCAGCGCCGCCUAACCAGCCCAGCCUCCGGCCAGAGAGCGAAGCGUCACUUGAGACUCAGCUAAGAUGGCAGACAUUGACAACAAAGACCAGGCUGAGAUGGACCCGGCAGAUAUGGAGGAUGUGGAGGAAGUGGAAGAGGAGGAGACGGGAGAAGAUGAAAACAGCAAAGCUCGUCAGCUGACUGUGCAGAUGAUGCAGAAUCCACAGAUCCUGGCUGCGCUGCAGGAGAGGCUUGAUGGGCUGAACGGUUCACCAUCAGGGUACAUGGAGAGUUUACCAAAGGUUGUAAAGAGACGUGUAAACGCCCUGAAGAACCUGCAGGUCAAAUGUGCUCACAUUGAGGCCAAAUUCUACGAAGAAGUACAUGAACUGGAGAGAAAGUACGCAGCCCUCUACCAGCCCCUCUUCGACAAAAGAAGUGACAUAGUGAAAGCAGCUUAUGAGCCCACAGAUGAGGAAUGUGAAUGGAAGGCAGAUGAGGAGGAAGAGCUGACAGUAAGUAAGCAGGAUGAAAUGAAGGAGAAGGCCAAGUUAGAGGAAGAGAAGAAGGACGAGGAGAAGGAAGACCCCAAAGGCAUCCCCGAGUUCUGGUUAACGGUUUUCAAAAACGUGGACCUGCUCAGUGACAUGUUGCAGGAACACGAUGAACCCAUCCUUAAACAUUUACAAGAUAUCAAAGUGAAAUUCUCAGAUCCAGGGCAGCCCAUGAGCUUCACGUUAGAGUUCCACUUUGAGCCCAACGACUUCUUCACAAACACAGUGUUGACAAAAACCUACAAGAUGAGGUCGGAGCCUGAUGAGACCGACCCCUUCUCCUUUGAUGGACCAGAGAUCAUGUGCUGCACAGGCUGCCCGAUUGAGUGGACGAAGGGCAAGAACGUCACGUUGAAAACAAUCAAGAAGAAACAGAAGCACAAGGGCCGCGGCACAGUCAGGACGGUCACCAAAACAGUCCCCAACGACUCCUUCUUCAAUUUCUUCACGCCACCAGAGGUCCCAGAAAAUGGAGAGUUGGAUGAGGACUCGGAGGCGGUCCUGGCUGCUGACUUUGAAAUCGGUCACUUCAUCCGUGAGCGUAUCGUACCUCGGGCUGUGCUCUACUUCACAGGAGAGGCUAUUGAGGACGACGAUGACGAUUACGAUGAAGAGGGAGAGGAGGCGGACGACGAGGAAGGUGAGGAGGAGGCUGACGAGGAAAACGACCCCGACUAUGAUCCCAAGAAGGAUGCAGCCCCCCCAGCUGAGUGCAAGCAGCAGUGAAGCCUGGCCUGGCUGCCUUGAGGAUCAACUGCACUGUUAACAGCUUCUAAAUUUAAAAAAACAAAAAUGAAGAAAAUUUAAAAAAAAGAUUAAAAAAAAAAAAUAGUUACUUACCGCCUUAUAAUGUUUUGUAUUUUUCUUGGUAGAGAAUUUGAAGAAAAAAAAGGUUUCAAGAUUUUUGUUACAAAAACUCAUGGUAAUAUACUGGGAGCUGUGUGGCUCAAUAUACAUAGUAUUUUACUAGACCUGUUUUUCCUUCUCUUCCUCCUUCUCUGUACAAUAGAUAGAAUACAGGAAAAAAAACCUCCCUCGAAAAGCAUGAACUUGUUUCUUCACUGCUAAACUAGUUUGGGUUCUUGUGAAGUCUUUUGUUGUUAUUUGCUCUUAGACAACAGCUGUGGUUUAGACUGUAUCGCGGCGGCGUCAAUUAAUAAUACCCCCCCCUUCCUUCCUCUUCCUCCUACCAAAGUUCCAGGUUGGUCAGUUCUGGUUGUCCGGGGUGAAUAUUUUUUUUUAUUCUUAGCAGGGCCUUCAGCACUUGUAAAAGCACUGUAGCAUUUCCAGCUCUAGCGACGGAGAACAGAUGGGUGAACUGCAGUCGGGUGUCCAUUCCAGUUUAUCUAAUCUUGCUGAGCGUGGGAUCCGGAGUUGGUGUUUUUGGCCACUUCCUGCACCACUUGUGCUCAACUACUUUCCACUCUUGAUACAUUCCAGUAAGCAGACUGGCUGGCACCAUUGGUGAACCUCUCUAAUAAGGGAAUCCGCCACUCUUUAACUGGACAGACUCGUCUAAAUUGAACACAGGUCACUCCCGAGCCUCCGCGCGGCCUGGUCGAGUCUCUUGAACAUUCCAGAGAAUUCCUUUAGAUGAGGAAGGGGGUUAGAUAGUUUGGCGGGAGGGCCAGUUCAGGGUCCACCUCGUGCUUCAGGCUCCUCGUAGGCUGGCAGUGGCGUGGCUGUCGUCUUUUCUAUAGCACUUUGUACUAGUGUGUGGUGUACCAGUGGCGUCCUGUCAUCGGUUAGCUGUCUGAGUAUUCCUUGUGAGCAGCACUUAGUUUGAUGCCCCCUGCCUUAAGGGGUAUGGGGGUGGUGCUGUAACCCUGCUCUGUGGAGAGUUCAACUUGUGCUAUCUGGUUUUUAAGUGCAUUACUUUUCUUACCGGGGGAGGCACACUUGGCCUGUUCAGAGAGGCUUUGUAGGGACAGGGUUGGGCAGAGUGUAGCACAGCGGAUGAUGAGGAAAAAUGAGUCCAAGCCAGGUUUUGAAGUAUGUUAUUUGGUUCAGGUUCACCAAGACCACCACCCCCCCGCCCCCCCCCCUCCUCCCCUUUCCCCCCCCCCCUCAUCAGUUUGACAUUUACCUCUUGUGUCGCCAAUUUGUGACUGGUCAGGUGACUGGCGUGGACCUCAGCCAAGCCGCUGAGGUCUUGGUUCAUUAUCACUGUGAAAGAAGGAGGGGAAGCGUGAUAAGGCCAUUGUGUGGCCAAUGACCCACCACCCUCCCCACCCUAACCUCCUUCCUUUGUACCCAGAAGGCCACAGAGAAGCAUGUCAGAGCAAUACCUAAAGCCAGGAGGGGGACCGAGAAGAAAACGUAGCUUGCCUCCCUCCCAGUCCAUUCUUAAAGCCUUUUUUAAAGUUGUGAAAACAGCCAAGUGUUGGUUGUGUUGGGCAGCAUCGUGUCCACUGUGGAGAGCCAGGGUACUUCUCAUUCUGCAGGUAGUGUUCAGAUCAUGUUCAUCGGAGAAGGACGUGACAGGGUUUCUGUUGGGUCCUUUUGAGCAGCUGUUGUCAAGGCAAAAUGCUAUGCUACAAAAAUACUAAUGUACUCAAUAACUGUAUGUGUAUGUUCAUGAAUAAAUUGGUUAAACAUGUCUAAUAUUGA